CAGCCCAACAAAGGCCAUCAUCGUCUAUGAGCCCAUUUAUAAAUUCAGAUGAUUUCCAUUUUCUCAUAAACCCCCCAACUUCACUUCUCUUUCAGAAUUUCAGAGACGAAAAAGUACAAGAAAGCAAUUGAGAGAGAGAGAGAGAGAGAGAGAGAGAGAGAGAGAGAGAGAGAGAGAGAGAGAUGAGGAGGGCAUCAUCUGUACCCCUCUUGGUAUACUGCAAAGAAAGUGAUCAUGACGAAAAAACGGAAAAAGUUCAAUUUCAAGAAACGCCAAGGAAAGACAGAGGAAUAGAAGACGAGGAUGAAAUCGAUGACAUGGCUGAGCAAGUCACGUGCAUGACUCUCCACAAACGAGAACCGAUCAAACGGGGUGAAGGAGAGCUGUCCUGGGAGAAGUCUGGUUUGUGGAGGCAAGAACUGAAGACAAGAGCAGCAAGAUUAGAGAAACAGCUAAAGGCGAGGUGGGCCUUUGAGGACGUUAUUGAGGACCAACUGAACCAUUUUCAUGCCCACUACAAUCGGGCCACGGCCCCAAUCCGGCUCAAGGACGUGGCCCAACUCCUGAUGCCCAAAGGGGCUCUGGCCCAUGAGAUGGCUGCCUUGGCCUGGCUUGGUGAUUGGCGCCCCACCGCCAUUUUGGGCCUGCUCCGUUCACUGGCCCACUCAUCGUCAUCCCUCUUUCAAUCUGUGGGCCUUGACCAGGCCCUCUCACAGUUGAUCCAUGAGAUUGGCAUUGAAGAGGCAGUGCUUGAUGAAGAAAUGGCCGAGAUCCAAGCCAACUGCAUCCUCCAUCUCCCUUUCGGCCCAGUUCGCUCUGUGAACAACCGGGCUGGUGGGCCUGCCUUGGCCCGUGUCCAGUCUGAGUUCAAGAAGAUCCACCGGGUCAUUACUAAAGCCCAGAACCUCAGGUUUAGGGCACUGGAGUUGGCAGUGAAGAAGGUGUUGAGUCAGACCGAUGCAGUCGAAUUCUUAGUUGCUUUUUUGGGAGUUCAAGAUUUGAUCCAUCAGUGUGCUGCACAGCAGAAAUUGCGAAAGGGUCCGGUCUUGGUGCCUGUCAAGGCCUUGGGGUGUAGUUGAGAGCAGGGGAAUGUAGCUUUCAGCGAAGACAUUAGGUACCUAGUUUUCUUUUACAAUCCCUGAAACUUUAGCUGCAAUUGUUAAUAGGUUGAAAUAUAUUGUCUCCUCUUUUCUGAAUAGUGUUGUAUGCUGGUUGUGUGAUAUUAGAAAGCAAUAUGAGAUUUAUGCUUGAAUCA